UCAGGGAUGAUGACGCUGGAGCAGGAGCGAGACCAUCCCAAGGGGGCCACUGGCGGCGAGGCAGCCUUCCCCGCCCACCCGAGUCUGCAGGCCACUCUGCAACCUGCACUAGACCUCCCGCGGGGUACCCACCCGCAGCUCUCACCCAAGGUCAUGAAGCCUACCAGUCACUUCGCUCGUAGGUCCAGGACCCCCGUCAGGCAGUUACAAGUGGACGCCGACACUGUCCUGCCCCAGACCGUCACCCACGAGUCUCCGUCCUUGCUGGGGACGACACGCCAUGGCCAGAGGUCAGCCAAAUUACAAAGGGCCUCACCAAUACAGGGUCAUAGGUCACCGCUGGGGAAGAGGUCCACGCACGGACAUAGCCACAAGCACGGGUCAGGGGGUGGGAUGAAGGGUCCCUCAGAUCAGGGCAGCAGGAGAGGCAGUGAGACAGGCGUGGCUCAAAAGCAGAAAAAAUUUGCCUUCGAGGUUGUGGUGCCACCGCUGCCGCCGCCCCCUGACCCCAGGGCACAGUGCCGCGUCCAUCCCCAGCCCUCCAGUGUCGACAGCGCCGAGAGCGUUAACCUGAUGGAUCUCUCCAGUGAUACUGAACAAGGUGUCGGCAGUGUAGACGUAGCCUCGUCGUCCCCUACGGACGACCAGAACAUGGAAGUAGUAUACAGCGGUGUCCCGUCGCACCCCAGGACGGCCGUCACCCCCCUCGCCUCCCCAGUGUGGGCAACAAACACAAUCACCCCAGCAGCAUAUCACAGCAGAUCUCCCACGGCCGUCGUCUCGCCCUCUAGAGUCCCAGCCAUCACCGGCGGCUCCUCCCCCAGAAGGGGAGCCUCUCCGACAGUCCUGUCCCCUGUAGUAGUGAGCAUGUCCAUCGUCGGAGGAAUAAGCCCGGUGGACACGCUGCCCCUGCUAGAGCCCGUGGACAUACCCUGUGACGUGCCCAUGAACACCGGGGACACUGUCCCCCUCCUGGGCUCCUCUCUUGACGAGGACUCAUCACACUCAUCACAGGAGCCAAGACCGAAGGACUUUAGGAACAUCAUGUCCAUAGGGCCGCUGCACCUGGCUAAGCCGGCCCUGACGCCGGAGCCCACCAGCGUCUGUGCCUUCGUCAGCCCGGCCCCCUCCGUCUCCGCCCUGCAAAUCACCGAGAAUUCUUCCAUUGGCACAACUUGCCGGCCCAAAGGGGGGAAGACGCUCUCCCUUUUGGGGUUAUCCCCAGCUUGUCUGGGGUCCCCGGGGGUCGGGCCGCGGGACGUCACCCAGGAGAGACCGGAUGUGACGUCCCCAACUCAGAGGCAGGGUAUCACCUCCCCAGCACCACUCUCCACCCCUGAUCUCCGGGUGGACAUGUUCGAGGCCGACUACCCUGGGGAGGGGUGGCUGGCAGGCAGCAUGGAGACCAACAUGGAGCUGGGGUCGCCGACGCUCCUGCCAUCCGGCUUUCCGGCCAUCACCCCCGACGACCUCACGCCCGCAGAGCUCCACGAAUUCGACAUGAAGUACGGAUCGCCUCACCACGCGCGCUCGCGCUCCAUCAAGUCGCUCGCGCGCCCCACCCUGCUCGCCCUGCCGCUCGAGCGACCGCGCCUCACCUCUCUCCCUGUCAAUGGCGGCGACGAAGACGACGACGAUUACUACCGCCUCAGACACUUCUCCAUCACAGGUCGUCGCAUCGUCAACCGCGGCGACUCCUUCAAGUCGCGACGGACGCGUUCCAACACCAGCGUGGCCUCCGACGCCUCCAGG